UGAUAUAAGAGGAAGGGAGAGAGAGAAACAGAAACCCUAGGCUUUUUCUCUUAUCUGGCUUCAAAAUCUAGCAAUUUUCGGGUUCCAUUCCAAAGCUGCUGCUGUCAGAUUCUUCAUCAAUCAUCUUCAUCAUCGCUUUACAUCUAUAAAGAAGAAUCUCUACUAAUAAUUCGCUUCAAUCAACAUCCGCAACGGUAUGCAUUUCCGUCGAUGACGUUGAUCAGCCAUUAGUUUGCGACACUUUGAAUCAAUGUCGGAACCAUCGACUCCGGAGAAAAAUCUCCUUGUUUCGCCCACGAGCUCUCGGUCCGUUACCGAGACCGUUAACGGCUCACACAAAUUCGUGAUCCAGGGGUAUUCCCUCGCGAAAGGUAUGGGAAUUGGCAAACAUAUUGCCAGCGAGGAUUUCACAGUAGGUGGUUAUCGUUGGGCGAUAUAUUUCUAUCCAGACGGGAAGAAUCCUGAGGAUAAUUCGACCUAUGUAUCGGUCUUCAUCGCGCUGGCGAGCGAAGGAACGGAUGUCAGGGCUUUGUUCGAGCUCACACUGCUUGAUCAAAGUGGGAAGGGAAAGCAUAAGGUUCAUAGCCAUUUUGAUAGGUCGUUGGAGAGCGGGCCUUAUACAUUGAAGUAUCGAGGCAGCAUGUGGGGAUACAAGCGUUUUUUCAGGAGAGCGUUGCUUGAAAAUUCAGAUUACCUGAAAGAUGAUUGCUUAAAAAUUAACUGUACUGUUGGAGUUGUGGUGUCUGCAAUAGACUGUUCAAGAUUACACUCAAUUAAGGUGCCAGAAUCAGAUAUCGGCGCACAUUUCGGCACUUUACUAGAGAACAUGGAUGGUUCAGAUGUAAUUUUCAAUGUAUCAGGGGAGACAUUUCAUGCUCAUAAGUUGGUACUUGCUGCAAGAUCUCAAAUUUUUAGAUCUGAAUUUUUUGAUGAUCCAGAGGGUAAUAAACAGGAAAUUGUGAUAAAAGAUAUGGAGCCCAAGGUUUUUAAGGCAAUGCUUCAUUUCAUAUACCGAGAUGAGCUUCUGGAAGAUGAUUUGGAAGCUUCUAGUUCAUCUCCCGAGUUCUCUAUAUCCGAUACAUUAAUAGCAAAGAUUUUAUCAGCAGCUGAUAAAUAUGAGCUGGGAAGAUUAAGAAGGAUGUGCGAGUCCUACAUCUGCAAGGACAUAUCUGUUAACACUGUUGCCAAAACUCUGGCUUUAGCAGACUGUUUUCAUGCGACAGAAUUGAAAGUGGUUUGUCUAAGAUUUGCAGCUGAGAAUCUUGCAGCUGUUAUGAGGUCUGACGGUUUCCAGUACCUUAAGGAGAACUGUCCAACAUUACAGUCGGAGAUCCUGAAGACGGUUGCAGGUUGUGAGGAGGAAUGCAGCAGCGGCGGUGGAAAGUCCCUGAGCGUUUGGGCUCAGCUCUCAGACGGUGGCGAUACUAGCGGCAGGAGGGUCAGGUCAAGAAUUUCUUAGAAAAAAAAGAAGUGGAAAUAGGACAAUUUUUUUUUCUCCCUUCCAGAAAAAAAAAAGUUGUGGGCUGUAUAAUGUUUGUGGUGAUUUUAGAAAUAUAUGAUGAUAAUACUGAAAAAAAAAGUGGCAGAAAGGGACUACUUUUAUGCUUAACUAUUCCUUAAUUGUCUCUUAAAUGUAUGGAUGUUUGGUGAUGAUUUCAGCUAAUGUUUAAUUACUUCAGCUAAGGGUUAUUAAGUGAUGUUGUUUA